AUGGACGCCGACGGCGAAACCAUGGCGUCGACGAGGACACGAGAGGAAGUCGACAGAGAAGCAGAGGAGAAUCGAAAAGAAGCGUUAUUAGCAUCAACACAAUCUCUUCAACCUAAUUUCAAUGGUUCCAACGUCACCCAGAAACAAAUUUCGAAACUACAGGAGCUACACAAGAGACGUAUGCAGAUAAAAGCCAAUUCAAAGAUCCAUAAGAAACCUAAAGCGAGCAAGAAUUCUCAGCGUAGAGCAAUAGAAGAUGGCGAAAACUCGAAGAAACUGAAUGAAUCAACUUCUUCUACCUCAGAACAGCAGCAACAUAGGCCAGUAGUCACAGUACCAAAGAAGCCACAAAAGCUGUAUUGGGGGCUUGAUACUAGGGAAAGGUGGGAAAGGAAAGCCAACAUGUAG